AUGGUGUUGAGAAGAGGCAUUGUUGCAACAGUAGUGGUUGUGAAUGUGAUUUUUCAGAUUCAAAUAUGCCUAUCAGAGAUCAACAGGCAAAGCUUUCCCAAAGGUUUUGUUUUCGGCACUGCUGCUUCAGCUUUUCAGAAUGACGAUGUCGAUUUUGCUGUUGGUGUUGGCAAAGGUGUGGAUGAUGGUGACCGAGUGUACGAAGGGGCAGUAAAAGAAGGUGGAAGGGGCCUAUCUGUGUGGGAUACUUUUUCACAUUCAUUUGGAAAGAUACAAGAUGGGAGUAAUGCUGACGUUGCAGUGAAUCAAUAUCAUCGUUAUGAUGAAGAUGUACAACUCAUGAAAGAGAUGGGAAUGGAUGCUUAUAGGUUUUCAAUUUCAUGGUCUCGAAUUUUUCCUAAUGGAACAAGAGACAUUAAUCAAGAAGGAAUAGAUCACUACAACAAACUCAUCAAUGCUUUACUAGCCAAAGGAAUUGAACCAUAUGUGACUCUCUACCAUUGGGACUUACCCCAAGCCUUGGAAGACAAGUAUAAUGGAUGGCUUAGCUCUUUGAUCAUAAAAGACUUUGCAACAUAUGCUGAAAUAUGUUUUCAGAAAUUUGGAGAUAGAGUGAAACAUUGGAUCACUUUCAAUGAGCCUCAUACAUUUGCUAUGAUGGGAUAUGAUCUUGGACUUGAGGCUCCUGGACGAUGCUCUGUAUGUGGGAAUGGAAACUCUGCUACAGAACCUUAUAUUGUGGCUCAUAAUGUCCUUAUUUCUCAUGCAAUAGUAGCAGAUGUUUAUAGGAAAAAAUACAAGAAAAUACAAGGUGGAUCUAUUGGAAUGUCUUUGGAUGUUAUGUGGUUUGAGCCAGCAACAAGUUCAAAGGAAGAUAUUGAAGCAACUCAUCGAGCCUUAGAUUUUCAACUAGGCUGGUUUCUAGACCCAUUGAUUUUUGGAGAUUAUCCAACUUCAAUGAGAAGUAGAGUAGGGAAUAGACUACCAAAAUUUUCUAAAUCCCAAGCUAGUCUUCUUAAAGGUUCACUAGAUUUUGUGGGCAUUAAUCACUACACUACAUUUUAUGCUUUUAAUAUACCUAGGAGUUCAUAUCAUGACUACAUUGCGGACUCUGGCGUCUUUACUUUUCCAUUUAAUGGAACCAAUUUUAUUGGAGAAAAGGCAAAUUCUAUAUGGUUGUACAUAGUACCACACGGAAUGAGAAACACAAUGAAUUACAUCAAACAUACGUAUGGAAAUCCUAUAGUCAUUGUCACAGAAAAUGGGAUGGAUGAUCCAAAUGAUCCGUUAAUCUCCAUCAAAGAUGCUUUGAAGGAUGAGAAAAGAAUUAAAUACCACAAUGACUAUUUAAUUAACUUACAAGCUUCCAUUACUGAAGAUGGAUGCAAUGUACAAGGCUACUUUGUGUGGUCACUACUGGAUAAUUGGGAGUGGCAAUCUGGAUUCACUUCUAGAUUUGGUCUAUAUUUCAUUGAUUACAAAGACAACUUGAAGAGAUAUCCAAAACAUUCUGUUGAAUGGUUUAAGAAUUUCUUGAAAUCAACUUAAUGAAAAACAUGGUUUAUAUGUAAUGGGAAAUUGGGAAUAAGACAUGAUCUUUGAUACCUAGAGCUUGUAAUGACUUCUUUGUAAUAAUGGUAUAAAUGGGCCAAUGGGCAUUGAAAAAGUC